AGAGAAGAUAAUUGAGAUAUAAGCAGCAAAAAACGCAAACCUUAAUUCAUUCACCUCGAUCAUCUCAGGGCUUCAAGAAAUCUCAAAAUGACAAGUAAGUACUUUGCAGCAUCCUACAGGUUGAAACUUUUAGAAUUAUUUUCUAAUAACAUAAGUUGUUUUUCUUUAUUAGAAAUAUUAUUACAAUCCCAUAGUGGUGGAAAAAUAUGUAAAGUUGAAAUCUGAAAAAAGCAGUAUGUAAAGUUAAUAUUAAAUAAAUGAAUGUCUUAUAGACUGGUGUGUAUAUUGGCCUAAGACACGGGAUGUUCAAUCUAGGGAUAUUUGCCUCUUUAUAUACCAUAUAUUCAUUUAUAAUAAUAAGCUUGACACAAAUAAUUUAUUUAUAAUUAUAUACCAAGAAGAUUAUACGUGAUAUUUUUCUACCUCUGCAUAUUAAGAAAAAAAAGAGAAAUAUAUAUAGUGGCAUUGUAGCAUUUAAAACAGGAUCCACGUUUCAGUCCUCCUUGUGGACUUUCAUCAGGAUAUAUAUAUAUAUAUAUAUAUAUAUAUAUAAAGAAACCAAGAGGGCUGCACUCACCUGAACAUGCAUACAUUAUAGGGUGCUGCUGGGGCCAAAAUAUACAAAACACAGAAUCCAGCGCACUCGCUUAUUCACUAAACAAUGAUUUCAAAUCUUAGAGAUUGUAAUAGUUUUAUUUAAAAACACCUCACCUAGGCAAAAAAUAAUGGGGGUAUAUGAUCAUACAUUGCAUAGGCCUACCAACUACGUCAAAGUACCCCUUGGAAUUCUCUGUUCCUCAUUCCCUUAACCUGCAAACAUGCAAAUGACCAGAAUUUCAAUAUUUUCCAUCCUAGUUAUUGUAUGUAGGACAUAGUACCAGCAUAUCUUUUGACUCUGCAAAAUCUAGCAGCGCCUAAUGUACACUAGGUUUUGGUUUCAGAAAUGAACUAAUUAGUAUUAUUUUAAGGAAAUUUCUAAAUAUCCAAAAUUACAUCAUUUAUUUGAAAAAUUUGAUUUGAAAAUAUGUGAAUUAGCUGAUAUUUGAGUAGAAUAUUGUGUGCAAAGACGACUUUUAUGGAAACCCUAAAAAUAUAUAUUUUAAAGAUUUUUUGUUUAAUAAAUAUUGAUUGUUCUGGACUGCAGAAUUAAAGAUUAUACUCUAUCCCUUUUCUUACAAUACUUAAAACAGGUUCGGGGAAAAAAGGUACACUUAAAUGUACAGUAAUAUAAAUAAUCAUAUCCAAUUUAUGGGUAUGCCUAGGAAAUGUGGAUAGCAGAAUAUAGCAAUGAUAACUGUAUGUGUGCAACAACUUCAUGUAAAAUAAAGUUAUAUAUAUAUAUAUAGCUUUAUUGAAAAUAUUUAUUAAAUUUUUUAUUUUUUUUUACAUUACAACACAAGUCUAAACCAAGCAAACUAAUUAAACCAAACAUAGCAUUGUAUUGAAUUUUAAUAAAAUAAAUGCUUUCACUAAAUGUAUGUUGGCACACAGGCAGUCAAGACAUACAUCCCAACAUUUUAAAUGGACAAUGAGGGACAUUUUAAUUUUAGAGGUAUAAGUGGGAGAGUGGACAAGGGUUGGGGUGUUCAGAUAAGUUUUCGGUGGCUUACUAAUAAACAAUGAAUGCAACUAAAAUGCAGUUUAGGACAAGAACAAUGUAUCUUAUUUACACAGAGUGAUUUUAAAACGCAUUUAUUGUAGUGAAAGACUCAUUACUGCAGGGCCGGUGCAAGGAUUUUUGCCGCCCUAGGCAAAAGUAAAGUUUGCCGCCCCCCCCAUGUGACAUCACAAUGCCCCACCCAUAUGAUCUGCCAUGUUAACUAACGCCAGUGCUGCAGUGCCGCCGUGUUUACAUGAAAAGGCCUGCAGGGACAGGCUAUGGACACCAGAACCACUACAUUAAGCUACAGGGAGGGAGUGACAGGAGGGAGCGCUCAGCGCUUCCCUCCUGUCAGCCCCUCUCCUCAGGGUGCGCCCGGGCGGUGUGGUCCGCCCUCAUGGACGCACCGCCCGGGCAAAGCUGCAGCCGCCUGAGGCUCUCUACAGACCGCUCGGGCGGCUGCAGCAUGAGCGGGGCUGGCGCUCCUGGUGGCGCCCCCUCCCAAGGGGCACCCUAGGCGGCUGGCUAGUCCGCCUUACAGGUAGCGCCGGACCUGCAUUACUGUGAGUAUUUUUGCUGUGGAGCUCUGUUAUACAUUCAGACACACAAACAACAUGGAGCUCCUAGAAACGAGGGACACGUUGGAGAAAUCAAAGGCUAAGUGUAAUGACCUUAUCCAGAAAACUUGAUCUUUUCCUCAGUCCACUCUCCAUAUGGCCUGCUGCUUGUUAUCCUGGCUGACAAAAUGUGACCUAAUAAUUUAGGUCUCACAAAUAAGACUGAAAAAGAUGGUUGAGGAUCCUUUUUUCCCCCCAAGACUUAGAUAUGAAGGAGGUAAUAUAUGUUACAUUUGCAUCUAUUUAACUUUAUUAGUAAUUCAAAGGUAACGUUUCAUCUGCAUAUCAUGUACGGACUUGAAUGUAUGACAGAAGGAGCAAUAUAUUCUUACCUUCUUAAAUAUUCCCUGUGGAUGUGAUAACAGGAUAAUUACUACUGUGUUUUUCCUGAAGCAGUUCCAGGCCUUCUGAAUAAUUGUCUUAACCUGCCUUGUUUAUAGACACGCAAAUCAAUAACACAAAUCGAGAAUUAAACUCCCGCGCUUGCACAUCCAUAAUUCUUCAGAUCUCCGAAGAAAAGUCAGGAACUGUUACCAAAAUAUAAACCGUGUAGCUAGAUUGAUGCUUUUUAGCUCUCAGCUCACAUUUCCAAAUAUUGUUGUGUUGGUUUUUUUUGUUUGUUUUUUUUUGUUUCUUAAAUAAACGCUCUUCAAAAAAAUAAAUGUAGAAAAUAUCUUAAACAUUAUUGUUUAUUUUCUUUUAGGUCUAAGACUUAUAAAUUGGGAUCUUCGGCCAACAGCCAAUGCUACAGCUCACAGGACCAAAGACUUUUUUAGCAAUAAACUCAUCCUACGGAGAGGACAGAGUGCACAGAUCUCUAUAGGACUCAGCAGAUCUUUGAGCAGUGGAGACAGUCUCACUUUCAUCAGUGAGAUAGGUAAUGAAUACAACUCCAAUACACCUGUGCUUUUUGUGGAUGUAACUGGUUGGCUGUUCUAAGCAUGAAUGUAUUGUAUUCAUUUGUAUUCUUUGUCAAAAUGGUUCUUGGCAUGUGAUUCCGAAAAUAUAACGGAUGGUGUGAACUACUUGACAGGUUAUGGUAGUGGUGAUUAUGCAUGUUUGGGGACAGUAAAAGAGUCUGUGUAUAGUUGAGGAAGGCAGGAUGCGAUGUUGUAUUGAUUAACAGCUCUCCUCCAGAGGUUGCGCCAUCAGGAUUAAAGCUACCAUAUCAUGUUUAGUUUAAUUUUUUUAUUUUCCUUUCCUUAUCUCCCUUCAUGAUUUUACACCCCAUUUCCUAUUUUUAUAUAUAUAUUUAGUACAUAUCUAAGCAUGGAUCUCAUGGAUACCUGGGUGCAGACAUUUUGUCCUCCUCUGUCUAUACACCCCCUUUCCUAUAUAUAAAUAUGUAUAUACUUUCUUCCUUGAACUGGAUCUCAAUAUCUUAGUGCAGAUAUUUUGUCCUGCUCUGUUCAUGGUGUCAGUUUGCCCUUCUGUGGGAUUCUUUCAACUGAUUGAUUGUUGGUGAAUUAGCUUAACAACUCAAAUGAAAUGUUUCUUUAGGUCUGCCUGUUGACAAAAAAUUCCCAAGAUCAUGCCCCCCCAUAAAAAGUAGCUCUUACUUUAACUUAUCUAUAUUUAAAAAAAAAAAAAUAUAUAUAUAUAUAUAUAUAUAUAUAAGAACAAAGGAAAAUAGAGGGUCGUUGGUGGCAGGGGGUAAAGGGGUGGACCAGCGAGGUGACCAGCUUCCUCCGGAAUUAAUGACAAAUCAGCCAGGCGUGAAUGGCUGUAUGUCCAUCAUUCAGGCCCACUGGAGGCAGAGAUCACUGUAUCAUGAUGCACUCACACUAUACAUAUUGGGGACAGUUCUCAGGUAUCUCAAAAACAAGACACCAUGGAACUUAGAAGACACCAUGGAACUUGGAAGACACCAUGGAAGUUGGGAUAGUGGAAACAGGACCAUAAAAUUGAAAUUGUCCCAACCAAAAUCAGGGCAGUGUGGAGAAAUGAUAGACGAUUGAUUGUCAAGUAUUUACCAAAGUGAGAAUUCAACAUGUAUUUCAAAUUUGAGGUCACAAUAGCCUAUUUGGAUAAAUUCUCUAAGACGGCUAUGCUUCAAGUUCAGCUACUUUAGCCUAAAAUCUGAAAUCCACUUUGAAAUCUUACUUUAGUACAUAAACCCGGGCAAUGCCAAACUGGAAAUGUUCUCUAAGUUAGCUUUGCUUUCAGACCAGUUACUACUUUUAUUUGAAAUUCACUUUAAAUUCUCUCUUUCAUAAAUAACUCUAUUUAUGAUUCUCUUCCCAGUGCCUUAUCCAGGAACUUAGUGAGAGGUGAAUACAUCGUAGUAAACUUCAACUUGUCUUAGUAUUGUGACUUCCAUUAAUUUCAGGCAGGCUGGGGCAUGUGUGUCCCAGUACUGCCAAACAUUGAUGGAUCUCUUUAUGCACAGUUUAGGUCACAAUGUAGUUUUUUAUUGCAUAGUGAGAUAAAUCAACCAUUAAAAUCUAAGAAUCGAAAACAUGAUUUUUCACCAUAUUAUUAUCUUUAUCGUGUCAUGACUUCUUCACAGCUCAAAUACUUUUACAUAUACCUCCUAAAAGUUUGAUAUCCAGUUAAAAUGUUGCUUUAUUGGCAGGUCCUUCUCCAUCGGAAUCACAGAAUACUCGGAAUGUAAUGCCACUUUCCCAGUCAGGUAGCAGAACAGCUUGGAGUGCCACCUCAUCAAGUACUGGCAGUACUUUGACCGUUGCAAUCAAUAUUCCAGCCAAUACCAUUGUUGGACACUACACAAUGAGACUGGAGAUGAAAAGUGGAGGACGUUCUUUUACCCAGAGUCUUGGAGAAUUUUACGUGCUUUUUAAUGCAUGGGCGUCAGGUAUGACAAUAAGUUUGUAGGAUUUUUUUUUUUCAAAUUACAAUAGGUAAACAUGGCCAUAAUACAUUUAUUUGGAUGGAAAGCAAAACCUACGGAGGGAUUGCUUUAGAUUUGAGGAAGGGAGGAAACUUGUUUUUAAAAAUAUUACGUUACGUUAGUCCGAUAAUAAAGGUACCAUUGUAUACUACGGUACUACAGCAGGUUCAGAUACGUAUAACUCACCUUCCCCUACGUUCCUAGACAAGCAGCUAUGAUGCCACCGUCGGGAGUCUUUGCAAAUCAUGCAAACACCCCCAGAUAAUAACAAAGCCACUUUAAGGGAUAAAGGCCUAAACUCAAAAAAAUCUCCGGUCAGAUGUGAUUCUAUGUCAGCUGCUUUGGCCUUAUAUUUGAAAUUUAUUGGAAUCCACGUUUAAUUCAUGACAAUUCUCUCUUUAGUGAAUAACCCUGUAAAUAUUACCAAUUAUAUUAGCAAACAAUUUCCACAGAGCUAAACUUCAAUGAAAUGACUCUAGUGAUCUAUUUUGGAUUGUUCCCAAAAAACUGCAUUCUCACUGUUGUAUAUAUGUUGCUCGGUAUUUAUUGACCAGACCUUGAGCAGACAACAUUCGCCCCACGAGGCCCCUAUUUAAGUUUUUGAUGGUAUUAUUCUAGUGACACAAUAACUCUGAUAAGCCUUUUAACUUGUAUAUUCUAUUGCCUUUGCAGAUGAUGAAGUGUUUAUGACUAACGAAGCUGAACGGGUAGAGUAUGUUCUCAAUGAAACAGGACUCGUUUUCAUUGGAAAUUGGAAUAAUCAGUCAAGUAGACAAUGGGACUAUGGUCAGGUAACUCAAAUGCUUCAUAAAAAAAUAUUGUAAGGUGUCUUAAUAUUCAUUAUUAAUAAUAAUAACUCUAAACUAGAGGAAUAUCUAUUUGGUACCCAAUGUUGAAUAAUGUGUUGGCACCACUCUAGAGUGGUAAUUUUUUAAUGUGUUGCUCCACCUCUCUUUGUGACUGUCCGCAUACCCUUAACUCCUAUGUUUUCUUCUGUUCUGCAUGCUCCUCUCUCCCGUGUGUCUCCUAUACACUUUUACUUCACUUUAAGAAACAUCUUGCUGUAGUGCUCUAGGUGUCUGGAGCCUGUCAUAUGUGUCACUGCAAUAUUUGUGAUUACAAUAGAAACCUGCACUUGUAUACGUGGGACAGAAACAACAAUAAUCACUUAAACAGCCAAAGAAGGUUUUCUUUAUCUUCCGGGGUGGCAGGUACGCUGAGCUUGUGCGCAACUGCCUUGCCCCCUUUUCAUCAAGCUGUAUUUUGGCUACAGCACAAAGUCUUCUCAAUGAGACACCUGUAAUUGAUGUAUUAUAUUUGUAUAUAUAAAUAUAUAUUUAUUUUUUCAUUGGAGUGGUAACCCUGUUUACCUGUUUACCUCUUGUAUUUCUCUUUACCUCCACUUAUCCCUUGUGUGUCUUUUAACCCCGUGCCUUAUGCUCUUUCGUGUUUCUUAACUCUCCGACCUACCAGUAUAGUAGCAUGACUGCUCAGGUCCACAGCAAAGACUCUUCAUCUCCUACUGAAUGUCUUAUCCCUGCCUUUUUGUCCAUCCACAGCUCCCUGUUAGACCAGGCUUAACUGGACUAGGAUCUUACAGGCACAGGCACAAUGCUAACAUUGGGAGGUGUAUAAUUUGGACUGGUGGAUUGGCCUUCUAGUGGUAUCACCAGUGACUUUAUGCAGGGUCCUAGUGCCCACUGCACAAAACAAACACAUCUAAUGACGUGCUUGCGCUGCACAAGUACAGUUCCAUGGUGUCCCUAGAUGCAGGACACCAGGGAACUAAAUUGGGAUGGCGGGACAGGACCAUGAAAUUGGGACUGUCCCACCAAUAUUGCGUUUGCAUAGAUCCCUGCUACAAGCGACAAUGUAAAAAAAAAAAACAGAUCUAACCUUUGUUGACUGGUUCAUCCAUGACAUUACUUGAUGUAGUUGUAAGAAGCCAUUGUACAUGCGUUUUACUAUGCUCCUCUUAUGGUAAAAAAAAUGUUUUAGUACAAACUAGCAAAAGUGAAAGCAUAGCUAACUUGGAGCAUUUCCCAUUUCUGCUAUUUUGGCCUUAAAGAAAAAAAUUACUUUGGAUUCACUUUCAGUUCCUGACAAUGCUCACUUUAGUAAAUAACUAUGUUGAUAGUGAAGUAUUUAAUACUUUUUUGUGCUUACAGUUUGAGGACGGCAUAUUAGACAUCACACUUGCAAUACUUGACAAGAGUUUAAAUGCAGGGAGAAAUCAACUUGAAGAUCUAUCUCAAAGAAACAGUGCCAUGUAUAUAUGUCGCGUGUUAAGUGCUAUGGUGAGUAUAAAAUUGAUCAAACCAAAUUUGUAAAUUAACACUUAUGAAACAUGGAAAUGUUGUGCCUGCCUUCUUGUUCUAUUUUCUUAUAACACCUUGAGAAUCAUCAAUGAAAUACAACAUAACUUGGUUGUAGGACAAUGGUAUAUUAAUUGACAUUUUUUCCCCCCAAGGUCAACUCUAAUAAUGACAGAGGAAUUGUAAUAGGAAAUUGGAGUGGGAACUACAGCAAUGGUGUGAGUCCAUCAAGAUGGAAUGGAAGUGUCCCCAUUCUUCGCAGUUGGUCACAGAAUGGCCCAGUAGCAUAUGGACAGUGUUGGGUAUUUGCAGGAGUACUUUGCACAGGUUUGUUAGAUGUGUAGACUCCAAAUGUACAUGACGUAUUUAGGUAUAGUCAAUAUAAUAAAUAAUUUUUUUUAAUUAAAACAAUUAAGCAAAGGAGCAAACUAGUUAACAAAAUAAAAUAUUAGAAUAAGUACUCACAAGAUGAUGUGCUACGCAGAUUAUUAUCAAAAAUAGCAAAGUAUUUAACCAGUAGAGGUACAUUGUGAUAACUAUGGUUUCCAAGUAACAUCCUGAGGAUGUUAAUUUUGCCCAACAUCCAAGUGAUGUUAAUAUUAUCCAAUUUAAUGGUACUCAUUUUAUCUACCUCAGAAGAAUGAACGUUCGACGCCUAAGGGUUGAACAGAUUCUUCUGAUGAUGCAUUAGCCCACUGAGCCAUCUCACCGACUUACUCAUGGAAAUAACAUGUCCCAAAGAAGCUGGCCAUGUGGUUUUCUAUAAUGAAACUAGUUUCCUCAAUCUGUUCUCGAUAGCUUCCAAAAUAAAUAACGAAGAAAUACAUAUAUCAAGGUUCUCAGGACUAGUCAAAAUAAAAUAAAGGUCUAUAGUCCCCAGGUACAAACAUGUCCUGUGAUCUACAGAAGUCCUAUAUAGCUCAAUGCAUUUUAUCAUAUGUGAUUCCAUUAGCGGCAAUUAAACAAAUAAAACAGAUUUCCUUUGAUUCUGCCCAAAAGAGCAGUCAAUACUAUUUGCACUUGUGGCACAUUAAGUUGCAGCUAUCUUAGGCUUUUAAUUUAAAGGACCACUCUAGGCACCCAGACCACUUCAGCUUAAUGAAGUGGUCUGGGUGCCAGGUCCAGCUAGGCUCAACCCAUUGUUUCAUAAUUAUAGCAGUUUCAGAGAAACUGCUAUAAUUAUGAAUGGGUUAAGCCUUCCCCCAAUCCUCUAGUGGCUGUCUCAUUGACAGCCACUAGAGGCGCUUGCGUGCUUCUCACUGUGAUUUUCACAGUGAGAGCACGCCAGCGUCCAUAGGAAAGCAUUGUAAAUGCUUUCCUAUGAGACCGGCUGAAUGCGCGCGCAGCUCUUGCCGCGCGUGCGCAUUCAGCCGGCGGGACGUAACGGAGGCGGAGAGGAGGCAGAGAGCUCUCCGCCCAGCGCUGGAAAAAGGUAAGUUUUUACCCCUUUCCCCCUUCCAGAGCCGGGCGGGAGGGGGACCCUGAGGGUCAAGGAUGUUUUCCUGGCACUAUAGUGGUCCUUUAAUGUUUAUACUACUGAAAGCAAUUAUUUUACCACAUAUAAUAGCAAUAUACUGUGAAUCCAGGAAGUUAAGUUUUCCACAAUCCUUUUUUUAUUACUUUUCUAGCUUUUGCACCAUUUCACUUAAUUUAUUAUUUAGAGAUAUUGAUUUCACAACAAAAGCAAUAUAGCCAGUAGCUUGACUUGUCACCUGUCUGUUUUAAAACCUUGAAAAUAUCAGAUUUCCUUGUGACUCCCAAGCCAUUUAUAAUUAUUACAUUGUUUCUUUGUUUUUAGCUUCUUUUUUGUUGUUGUUGUUAGCAGGAAUAGCCUGUGCGAAUAUCACUCGUAAUAGCACCCUACAUACAUUUCAAACAUCUGUGUAGCGGUGACAUAAUUCAUUAUAAAGAGAUUGCAAUAUCUGUACCAAUACAGAGGCAGUAGAAUAACCGAGCACUGAUUGAGGUGUGUAUGGUGGUUUUAUAGAGCUGGAGAAAGAGAGACAACUGCAUUGUCUAGUUCAGUGGUAGGCAAUAAGAUAUUGGGGUCUACAUUUUCCCUGAUGUGUUACAUUAACAUUAUGACUGUAAGAGUAUUAUGGGAGAUGUAGUCUACAACAUCUGGGGUGCCGGAGGUUGCCUACCACUGGUCUAGUUACAAAGGGGUAACGAUACACUGGUGGCAGUAAAUGCCACCAGAAAUGGAGGCUUACUUUUGGUUCACAAAAAUUGUCCCUGAUGCACAAUCGAUGCAGGCAUUGUGAUACUGAUGCUUGGUAGUAGUAAAGCCUCUAUGUGACUGAGUAGUAGAUAACAGCAACUAGAGAACAUGGGGUGACGGAGAUGGUGUGCAGCCAUGACAAGCUUUUAAUUAAAUUAAAAAACAAAAUGUUGGAUCUUUGAUUCAUGUUUCUUACUUUUUGCAGUCCUAGAACUAAUUUCUGUUCAAUGCCUAAUUCCCACAUAAAGCACUACAAAAUAUACAACAAAAUGAAAACUGAACAUAUAUAAUUAAUUAAACUGGUAAUAUACAAGUGGUAGCCACUGUUACAUAAUAAAUAGAUAAAUAAUGCAUAGGGCAUACAAUUCAUAUGUGAGGCAGAAGUAAAUAUAUUAAUUGUACCUGCUUUUUCACUUAGUUCUCCGAUGUCUGGGGAUCCCGACUCGUGUGAUUACAAACUUUGAAUCAGCUCAUGACACAGAUGUAAACCUCUUCGUUGAUCGUUACUUUGACCAAAAUGGAAACCCAACAGGUGACACAACUGAUAGCAUAUGGUAAGUUUUAAUUCCACUAAUAGUCAACUGUAAAUGCAUAAAUGAUAACUCAAUCUGUUGAGUGUUAGCCAAGCUGUGUAAUGUAACUCUAAGCAAGUGACUACCUCUUCAGGUUACAGUGUAUUGCAUUUCUGUUAUCUCUCAAGCAUCUUGGUUUUAACAAUGAAUACAAUGUGGGCGUCGGUGAAUAAAUCAUUUCUAUCUUUUAAAACAUCUCUGAAGCUUUCAAAUGUAAUUUCAGUGGUUCCACCAUAACCCAACAUGUAUAUGUCCUCUACAUAUUUUUCUUUGUGGUUUACAUUAAGCUGGACCUUAGACAAAACUAGACUUAAUCUUGAGACAAAUCAUCUUGCGUCGGUACUCAUGGCAGCCUGGCCACAAGUCAUGAUCAUACUUGCACUAUGCGGACAAUAUCAGAAAGACACAAAAGUCACUUUCUGUUGGUCACAUUAAUUUUUUAAGUAGGGUGAAUUAGCAGUGCUAAAAAAAAAAAAAAAUUGGAGGAGAAUUCAAGUUAUUAAAAAAAUGGUGAUAAUGUAUAUAAUAUAAUGUGUCUUGUCACUCAAAUAUUUCUGGACAGGAAUUUUCACGUAUGGAAUGAAUCCUUUUGCAUAAGAAGUGACCUUGGCUCUAUGUACAAUGGAUGGCAGAUCGUGGAUGCAACCCCACAGGAACCAAGCCAAGGUAUUUAAAAAAAUAUUUACUAUAAGAGUACAGAAUGUCCAAUUAGAUUUUUAUGCUAUUUACUUCAGUUAAUCUACAAUGCAACCACGGUGAGCACUCUAACACUUUAUAAAGACCGACAGUAGUGUCGAAUGGAAGAGAGAGAGUGCGUGUAUACCAUUUUUUAGUGGGCUAACAGACUUUUCGAUUGACAAGCCUUUGAGAUUUCCUUUCUUUUUUCAAGUCUAAAGCAUUCCUGACAUGAGAAAGGAAGAAUCUACCGAAGGCUUAGAGUACCAAAAUUCUGUUAUUCCAAAGAGCCAAUUUAAUCUGUUAUUUUACAUUUGCAUCACUGGACUAACAAAAAUAGAAAUACAUUUCUUCAUAAACUCCUAAAAGUCUUCAAAUCAACUAAUUUCACAAAAGUGUGAAUUAUCAAGAAUUUAAAAAAAAAAUUCAAGUGAAUUUAAAAAUAGACUAGUCGGAAAUAGACAGCCAUAUUUUCAGAUUUCCCUUUUGGGCUAAAAUUGUAAAAUUCACAUCUAAUCCACUUUGAAUUCCUGAAAAUUGACACUAGUUGUAUUAUAAAGGUAAAUACGGCUAGAAUGUGAUUCAGAUUUAAUUGAUCAUUUACACUACCCGUGAGCAUGUCUUGGCAAUUAAACUGGCUUCUCAUAACUAGCUGGUGUUUUACCAACUAUUGCAUUGUAGAGCAUAUGUCAAAUCUCACACUAUUUUUAAUUCUUAUAUAUUUUUAGGUGAGUACCGCCUUGGACCGUGCGCCCUUAAAGCUAUUAAAGAGGGAGAUGUCGAUCUUCUUUAUGAUACACCCUUUGUAUUUACUGAAGUAAAUGGAGACAGCGUAGACUGGCUUGUUUACAAUAAUGGUACCAAAAAGAAAGUUAGCACAAACAGUCGAUCGAUUGGACGGUUUAUCAGCACAAAGGCUAUAGGAGCAUUCAGACGUGUAGAUGUAACAAACGACUACAAAUACUCUGAAGGUAACUAUGCAGAACAUUCUAAAAGAGUGUUGCUUUAACAGUUCUAUUUUAAUAAAUAGUAGGUGUUGGUCAAUUUCUCCCAAGUUAACGAACGGUCUGCAUCUAAAAGGAAUUUUAUGCAAUUUUCAAUGUCUUUAUAUUUUUACCUAAGCAAAUUGGUAAAGAGUAAGUGCGUUUUGUAACUAGCAGGGUUAUUCCCUUUAAGAAUAUUAGUGAAUUAAAUAAAAAUACAAAAAUACCUGAUCUGGAGGGGAAAAUAAAUCAUCCAACACUGCUCUAUUCACUGCUUGCUUAUUUUAACCUCACUUUUACAACUUGGAUUUAAUUUGCUAAAAUUCAGAGUUUAUUGAAUAGCCCUUUAAAUCUUGAUUUGUGCAGGUGUAUGAAAGGAAUGCAAACAAAAAAAGUUUGUUUCUGGGAAAGGUUGGUCAGCAGUGCAUUAUAUAUAUUUAUCUGGCUUGUGCUAGGAUUUUUACUAAGAAAACAUUAGCACUCCCCUGCAUUAAGACUUUGCAUCUGUGAUUUUAUGCAAGACCUCCAAUGUCAGUAAUACAUAUACACGCACAUACUUUCCGUAUUAUGUGCCCCAAAAAUUAAGGAGGUUUGCUUGCUAAUUAAAACACUUUGUUGAGCUCAAAACAUAAUUUGCUUUCUUUAAGUCAAAUGGACAAGUUGAAUUUUUUUCCAUCUGAGCAAAAGUGGAGAUCUUAUACAAAACUGUUAUUUUAGCAUACAAUUUGAUUGUUAAUGCAAAUAUUUUUUAAUAAAUGGAUCCCAUAGCGAUUUUAUAUAAAAAAUAUUUCCACAUGCAUAUAAAAAAAGACAGCAAGCAUAUUUAAAAUCAUCAAUCUGUUUGUUCUCCUUUCCCUUCCGAUCUUUCUUUUUCUCUCUGCCAAUCUUUUUCUUGGUCUAUAAUCUUAUAAUUGUUCCAUUGCCCUACCCUCUUCUGCCAGAAAUGUCCCAUGGAACUCUUCUACCUUUUGUUUUUGCUCCUCUUCUCAUAUAUCUUCCACGACCUAAUCCUUCACUGUCUAUUGGACUCCCAUCUGCCUUCUCCAAUCGUUGCCUUCCAUGCACCAACUCAUCAUGCCUGUCCAAAUUAUAUGCAUACCUCCCAAGUGUCCCUAUUUAGAACUGCCAGUGUCUAUUUAGUGCCAAAUCCCUCUGUCCUUUUUUAUGUAUCCUAAUGUCCCUCUUUUCUAGGAGUUCCAUAUUGUUGCUGUAUCUGAGUGUACAAUAGAGCUCCACGGCAAUAAAACUCCCAGUAAUAUGUCUUAAAAAUGAAAUAAAUGCUUAUUUAGAAAUAAGUAUGUGUAAAUAAGAUACAUCUGUCCCUCUUUAUCUGUUUGAAAUGUGGGGAGAUGUGUAAAUGUGUAUGGAAAUAGAAUGCCCUUUUUACAGUCAACACCUGUGUACAGUGUAAAAUGUAAAAUUCAUAAUUAUAUGUUGUUUUUUUAUUCAGGCACUGCAAAAGAGAGAGAAAUAUUUGAGAAGGCUCAGAGAAAAUUAUCAGGACCAGCACUUAGAGUUGCGUCACGAAGUGCAGCAUCAGGACGCAUGGCUGCAUUUGCAAGCAAUGCUGCAGUUUCCGAACGUAUGGAAGCACCUGCACCAAAACCAGAUUAUGUUGGCAGUUUCAGCUUGAAAGAACAAACACAAGUUGGAGAAGACCUCGCGGUCACCAUUACACUAAAAAACACUGGACCUCAACCAAAGGUUAUUAAAGUCGACAUAACUGCCACGGCCAUCAUUUAUACAAGGGCACCAGUGAAAGAAAUCCAAAGAGAAGAACAAUCUCUAAGUCUGCAACCUAAUGAAGGUAAUGCAAAGUUAAGGUGUAAUUGGGUUAUUGGGUUUUAACAUGGUCUGUCCUCAGUUUAGCUGUUUAAAGGGAAAUGAUCACUUGCUAGAGUUGUCAAAUUAUGCUUACGUAUUCCCAUAUUUACCAAAUCUGUAUCUGUGAUAAGUGGGACAUGAGCAUCAGAACUGGACCAUGGAGCAAUGAAAGAAGGUUACCUGAUCUGAUGAAUCACAUUUUCUUUUAGGUCAGGGGGUGGUCAGGUGCGUGUGUGCCAUUUACCUGGGGAAGAGAUGGCAGCAGUAUGCGCUAUGGGAAGAAGUGGGGCCAGCGGAGGCAGUGUUAUGCUCUGGACAAUGUUCUUCCGGGGAAAGCUUGGGUUUUUGGCAUUCAUGUGGAUUUUACUUUGAUAUGUACCAUCUACGUAGAGAUUGUAGCAGACCACGUACACCAAGUCAAAGCAAUGGUGUUCCCUGAUAGCAAUGACCUCUUUCAGCAGGAUAAUGCCCCUUGCCACACUGCAACAAUUGUUCAGGAGUGGUUUGAGGUACAUGACAAAGAAGUCAAGGUUGUGCCUUAGAAUCCAAAUUCUCCAGAUUUAAAUCCGCUUGAGCAUCUGUGGGAUGUGUGGGAACAACAAAUCCAAUCCACUUCGCAACUUGUAGGACUUAAAGGAUCUGCUGCUAAUGUCUUGGUGCCAGAUACCACAGGACAUGUACAAGGGUCUUGUGGAGUCUAUGCCUCAACACAUCAGAACUGCCUUGGCAGCGUGGAGGGGGGCCUACACAAUAUUGGGCAGGUGGUUUUAAUGUUGUGGUUGCUCAGUGUAUCUAUACAAUAGAGUCUUUCAUUUUAUAGAUGUAAUGCUGUCCUUGUUGGUUAUACUUUUGGAAAAAUAUGAAGAAAGGUAUCUGAAUUUCUUAAACGCUUUUACCAACUUUGCAUUGCUUCUUGCUUUCCAGAGAAGAAGAUACAAUUUACAAUAACAUAUUCCCAAUACAGCAGUGCUAUCACUUCUGAUAACAUGAUUCUUCUGGUGGCAGUGUGUGAAGAUGAUAAAGGGGGUAAUCUGAUUAUUGAUACAGUGGCAGUAUUGAAGAACCCACCAUUGCUAAUAAAGGUAAGAAAGGUGCAGACAUUCUAAGCCAGCCCAUAAAUGGUCAACAAGGAUUUUUUUAUAUUGUAAAACCAUUACAUUUAUUUUUUUUAAGAGUUACAAGUUUAGACUUUUAUUUUACUAGCCGUUUGUUCUAUUAAAAGGAAUACUCCACUGAAAUAAAAGUACAGUAUUGUUUUAACUAUUUACUAGAUAAACCCACAAUGAAAAUAUGCACUUAUUUCUAUCUAAAAAAAAAAUUAUUCAGAAGCUGCAGAUCUCUUGUCUGCAGCCUUUUAAGCCCCUACGUUUUCCCAGAACAAAGUUACAGAAUACUCUAAGCAAAAGCUUCUAAUUGAAACCUCUGUGCUGUAGCCUUGAGUGUACAUUUACACAUGUGCCUGACUUUCCUGUGAUUCUCAAUAAUCUGAGAAGGGGGGAUGGAGACGAUGGGAUUGUGUAGUUGAUGCAUCUCUGAUCCAUACAUAAACCACCCCAACAAAUGCUCAAGCUUCAAUGUUUCCCCUUCAAAUGUUUCUAGAUUUCUUCAAAUCCAAUCCAAAACAAGCCUUUGAAGGUUACUAUCAUAUUUUCCAACCCAAUUGGGGAAGUCGUCACGGACAGUAUUCUUGCGAUCGAAGGCAGUGGCUUAUUGAAAAAUCUAAUUUCAUUUCCGUAAGUAUCUAUUUCCCCAGAAAAGUUUCACUUUUGAAUUCCCAUUUAUUCACAUGUUAGUAAAUAACCCUGCAUAACCCCGCUUGUAAUUUCAGUUUGCAUGAGUCCUCUGUUGGCAAAACCCAACAAUAUACAGACUCAAAUGUACAUCAUUUUAUUCUUUUGCUAUCAUGAUCUCAGUUAUGCAACAUAUUAUCCUAUUAAAGAAAUACUCCAAUUAACUUUUAUUUUUUAUUUUUUUUACAAUGUAGUAGAUAUACUUUAAUGAAAACAUGCAUGCAUUUAAUUGUGCAUCUUUUUCAUUGGGUGUAUAUCUAAAAAAUAGCUUGCAGAAGUUGCAAAUCACUUGUUUAAAGCUUUUGCAAGACCUUUACUUCUAACCCUGCCCAGACUUUCUGUGGCUGUCCAAUCACAGACUUCCAAAUGCAGCUCAAUGAGAAGUAUUUGCAAGGCUGGUGCUCUGGGCAUUUGACUGCCUCUUAAGUCAAGCUCCACUGAGCUAAAUACGCCAGGAAAUAAAUAGGACUGGUUGUCUGAUUGACAGCCAGAGGGAUGUAACAAGGAUAAUUUAUAAAAGUGCCAAUUUCUGUUGAAAUGUGUUGAAAAAAAAAAAAAAAAGAGGACACACGUUUCACACAUAAAGCAUUUCAGCAAGCUAAAUUGCUUUAGGUGUGUGGGAAUUUCUUUGCUGUAGGCAGAGUAAUCUACAUCUGGAGGAUGAUAACUCACUAUGGUUCUCCAAGAUCCAAGUUUUUUUUUUUUUUAUAUAUAUAUUUUUUUUCUUUAUAAUGAGGAUCUUUGAGGUUUUUUUUGUUUAAUUAAAAAAUUUGUAUUUUAUCUUUUUUUAUCAUAUAGCUCAUGUGUAAGUGUUGUUAUAGUUCUAGUUGAAUGUAUGGCCAAGUUUACUAAAUUUGAAGUCUUAUUCAACUUGCCCAAGCCUGAGGGGUCCAAGGCACACGCACUCGGGCUACAUUUUUCAUUUGUCAAUGGCUGUUAGGUCCUAAUGGUUCAUCCAGCAAUGAAUACAUAUAAAAAAUAUUCAACAAGAUUACUUGGUCAUUUUCUUCGGAAAAGUAACCUCUAUAGAAAGUGAAAUAACCUUUUAGUUUGCAAUAAACGAUCAAGCCAAUGCCUCCUGGAGUAUUGUAUGUAUUUAAUUUCUUACUUUAAUACCCAAGUUGCAAUCUCUUCCUUUAAUAUUAAUUAAUGAUUCUAAAAAUAAUUACACUUCUCAGAUUUCUCUGAUUAAACAAGACUUGCACAAAAGGAAACAUGCAAUUCUCUACUGGACAGGCCAUAUCACCAAUAUUAAAAUGAAGAUAUAUUUCAACUGCUACCAUUGGUACCUACAGUCUACUUUUCUCUCCCAUACAGACACUACUUUCUACUUUCCAGAUACCAGAUAUCUGGAGCUAUAAAGGCGAUAAGUAGCUAAAAGAGUGUGGCAACAGGGUAUGGAUAAGUUACCCUGAGUACAUAAGCAUUUCUGAACAGAUGUGUUUUGAGGGACUUUUUAAACAAUUGAAGACUAGGGGAGAGUGUGAUGGGGCAGGCUGUUACAAAGGAAGGGAGCCGCCCACGAGAAGUCCUGCAAGCGCGGGUUAGCAGUAAGGGUGAGAGCAGUGGACAGGAGAAAGUCACCGGUCAGAGGGGUGAGGUAUGGGAGAAGCGAUGGGUGAGAAAGAUCAGCCUGGCGGCAGCACUUAUCACUAAUUGUAGCGGGGCAGUUCGGCUUCUGGGAGACCAACUAGGAGAGAAUUAUAGUAAUCCAUGCGAGAGAUUACCAGAGCAUGAACAAGCUCCUUGGCAGCAUCUUGUGUUAGAAAGGGGCUGAUGUGGGCGAUGUUUUUAAGGUGGAAUUGACAGGUUUUAGCAACAUUCUGGAUAUGAAGCGCAAAGGUGAGGCCAGGAUCAAAGAUAACACCAAGACAAUCAGCUUGCAAGGAUGGACUGAUGCAAGUACUAUCAACUUGCAGGGAAAGCAAAGGAGGAGGAUCAACAUUAUGAGGGGGGGAAAUAAGAAGCUCAGUUUUAGAAAGAUUAAGUUUCAGAAAGCAGGAGGACAUCCAAACAGAGAUUGAAGAAAGGCAAGCAGUGACACGUUGUAGGACCACGGGGGAGAGAUCAGAGGAGAAGAGAUAUAUCUGGGUGUCAUCGGCAUACAGAUGUAGCGGAAUCCAAAGGAGUUAAUGAGUUUGCCAAUAGAGGCAGUAUAAAGAGAGUUCAGAAGGAGACCAAGAACAGAUCCUUGGGGGACUCCAACCGAGACAGGAACAGGGGAAGAAGUGUCCUUGCUAAAGGAGACACUGAACGAACGUUGGGAAAGAUAGGAGGAGAACCACGAGAGGACAGUGUCACAGAGACCAAGGGAUGGAUGAGUUUGGAGAAGGAGGACAUGAUCAACAGUGUCAAAGGUGGCAGAGAGGUCAAGAAGAAUUAGUACGGAGUAGUGGGCUUUGGAUUUAGCUGUGAUAUUAGGUCAUUUGUAAUUUUAAUAAGAGCAGGAUGAAAGACAGAUUGAAGAGGAUUGAGGAGGGAGUUGGAAUUUAGAUAGUGAAUCAUAUGAGUAAAGACAGAUCUUUCUAAAAGCUUUGAGGAAAAAGAAAGCAGGGAAAUGGAACGAUAGUUGGAAGGGGAAGACGGGUCUAAGGAUGGCUUUUUUAGGAUGGGUACGACAGUAGCAUGCUUAAGGGGAGUAAGGACAACACCGGAGGAAAGAGAGCAGUUUAGGAUGUGUGUUAAGGAUGGCACAAAACAAGGGGAGAGAGAUCUCAUAAGGUACUGGAUCAAGCCGACAGGUGGUGGGACAAGAGGAGAGGAGAAGUGCAGCCACCUCCUGUUCUGUAGCUGGGGAAAAGGUAGGGAACAUACAGUACAGGUGUGGUUGCGAGAGAAAGGAGCAAAGGGGGAGAAUUCUUUCCUUAGCUGUUCAAUCUUAUCAGUAAAGUAGCAUGCAAGGCUAUUUGCUGAAAGGUUAGUUUGGGAGGGUGGCUUGAGGUGGGCAAAGGAGAGAGUUAAAGGUAUUAAAGAGACACCUGGGAUUGUGAUUAUUAUAUAAAAAUAUAAAUAUAGACAUAUAAAAUCCAUUAUAGCAGAGUUUAUAAGAUUAAAUUAAAUGCUUGCAAAUAUCAUUAAUAGGUUAACAUACCCUUCUGAACAUGUCAUCAUGUCAGCCUGGCUGUCAUUUUAAGAUGGAGCAGCGUCUGUUUCCAAGUCUCUCCUCUGUGUCUUAACAUUUAAGAGUACACCUAUUUAUACCUUAGGUGUCUCCAUUUUAGGGUUACCGUAGUUCAUUUAUGUAAAAGUAACACUUCUUUUACUUUAUUCAUUUUAGGACCUCCCUUAACUUGGCAAACAUACAAAGCCAUAACUAAAGGGUGUAUACGUCAUGGAAAUUUUCCUGACUUAGUUAAAGAUGGCAUCUUAAAGUCUGGACAUCCUUAUCUACUUAAGGUUACCACAGUAUAUUACGUACUGAAAGAGUCGUGGCAUAGCCUUGAAGCUUGUUUAUGCAUUAUUGUUAUUGUAAUUUGCCCGCGGCAAAAUGGUGCAAACAUAUUAUGCACUGAGGUUAUUGCUUAAAGAAACAGUUAUGAAAAACAAACUGUUCCAUUUCUAACACCUUGUCAGUUUGCAAUAUCUCUUAAAGACAAAGUACACAGUUUAAGAAAUACAACAUUUCAUUCUAAAAUUUGUAAUAUUUGCAUUUGCCCAUAACAGAGGUGAGGGUGCCAUUAUAUGAGGAGAUAGCCAGAGAUACACAGGAGAAGGUACGGAUGGAUGAGAGUUUGGAAUGGAGAUCAGCAAAUAAUUGCUGGAGGUCAAGAUAAUUCAGGUUCCUUCUAAGUGGAGGAGGGUUAGGGUGAGGCUGUUGGGUGAGGGGUUUCUCAAGAACAAAUGAUAAGAGGUUAUUAUCUUAGAGAGAAAAUGGAGUUUUGUGUAGUUUAGAGAUAGUGCAUGCAUUCGAAGGGUAUUGCCAGCUACAAGUGUGGGGGUAUUACCCACUGUGAUAGAGAGGAGUUUGGAAGCUACUAGAUCAAGGGUGGUUUAAUGGUAAUGGUGAAAUCCCUGAGAAUUAGGGAAGGGAUAUUACUUGAAAGGAAGUAGGGAAGCCAAGCAGAAAAAUGGUCAAGGAACAGACAAGGGGAACCAGGGGGCAAUAGAUAACAGCUAUAUUCACAGAGAUGGGCUUGAAUAGACAAAUUGAGUGAAUUUUAAAGGUGGAGAUAGAUAGGCUAAGGGUGGUUGGCAGAGGUUUAAAGGAGCAGUGGGGUGAAAGUAGAAAUCCUACACCACCACCUUUACUGUCAGCCUGUCUUGGGUUAUGGGUAAAGUGAAAACCACCAAAGGAUAGUGAAGCAGGGGUAGCAGUAUCAUAGGGAGAGAGCCAUGUUUCUGUUAGUGCAAGUCGGUUUAGGGAGUGUGAGAUAAAUAGGUCAUGGAUGGAAGUUGAUUUAAUGGUGCUGCACACAUAGCGUGUAUUCCAGAGGGCAGCUUUAAAGGAGGGAUUAUAGUGAGAGUUACAUGGAAUGGAUAUGAGAUUGUUGUGGUUUCUGGUGUUAGUACAAGGUGUGUUAGUAGAGGAAGGAACAGGGUUUGGAGAGCGGUCAGGAGCAGUAGGAUGGAAAGAAGAGAAGAUAGGAGUAAGAUUUAAAUGUUUGGGGUGAGAGCUUGUAUUUAGAGGAUUUAGGAGGGGUUUGUGGAGAAAGGCAGGAAAUGUAGGAGUAAAGUGCAUGUGAUGAAUACAGAGAUGAGGAGAGUCGAGAGGGAGCAAUGAAGAUGGUGUCAGCAGUGACAGGUAUGUAGAAGGAUAGAGAGAUUUUAAUAAUGAGAGAAAUGAGGGAGAAAGUGAAAAAUAGAAGGGAGAGAAUUAUUAGAAAAAGAUGCUGUGUUUUUAAGAUAUGGAGAAUUGAGCUGUACAAGUCAUGGGUGAGGUUAGAUGGGUGAAGGGUUAAAAGGUAUUCAUUGUGUGAAUUAAGAUAUUCCAGGUGUGGAGGGGUUGAUGGACAUAAAUGGUUUGUCGGUAUGACUUGGGGUGUACAGGGAAUUCCAUAUGUGUUGAGAUAUUAAAUUGCUCUAAAUAUUUUGUGAUGGCCAUACCCUCUUACAUUGUGUGAGUUCCAUUAAACAAUUGAUGUAUAUGGAAAAUUCAUGGGAUUUUUAUAUGGGAUUCACAAGAUCUUUUGUGGAAACCAAAUACAUUUAGAAAAUGAGGACGUUUGUCCUGCUUGGGUAAUUAAUCCCAAGCAGAGCAAAUGAAAGAAGACUGUGGCAGGAGCUGUGGAUGGACCAAAGGUGGGUGUUACAAUAGAGUAACACCGACAAAUCUCUAAGAUGGCGAUUCUGGAAUGGCGAUAAGGUGAGUACAACUCGAAAAUUCACAUGAUGUAUCUUUGUCAUAUAUGUUUUAUUCAAUGUGUAUUGGUUGAUUUUUAGGUAAUUGUCAUUUUUAAAUGAUAGGUUCACUUUUAUCUCUUUAAUAUAUACCCACUAUUGUACUUUUUUUUCAGUGUAUCAACCCUGAAACCCAACCAGAGGUCCAUAACAGAGCUUGAAAUCAUUCCAUACAGACCCGGUCGGAGGUGUCUCCUGGUGAAUUUCUCUUCUAAUGCAUUCUCGGAUGUUAAAGCAUUCAGUGAUUUCACUGUUGCCCCUGCCUAAUGGAUACAUUUUAAUAAAUUUGUUACAAUAAAUGCAAUUUAAAAUAAGGGGUGUGUUUCGGAACUGCCCAUGCACACAAUUUAAGUUUAUAUGCAGAAAAUGUAAAUGUCCAAAAUUACUGAUUUUUACAUACAUAUUAAUAUUUCAGAACUAUGCUAACCACGUCUCUGGUUAUUCCCCAGACAAAAACAGUAUGCGGUUUUUAACUCUGCAUGCAUAUCUAAUUAAAAAAAAUAUUCAAGAGGGACUGUCACUUUUCUGGAAUUGAUAUCAGUGAAUAAAACAAUUAAAAUUACUUACAACUUGAGUUAGUCUUCUUUACGCAUGUGAUCCUCUGUUUUCCAAGUUUAUAUUAAUUUUAAUUAAGCUCCUCACUGCCAAUCAAUUAUUAUUGUGGGUGUCCUGGAAAGUAAUGGGUAAAUGUAUUGUUUGUUUCAGUAUACAUAGGCAGCAUAUUAAGUAAUGGAAAUAAAAACGAAAAAUUUGGUAGGACAGAAAAACAUUUAAAAUGUUGCCUCUUUGGGAGUGGGGGAGGAGGGCAGCACACGCUGACCUAGGCAUGUGUAUAUACACGCUGAUACACACAAUCAUGUACAGCUUCUGAUACUUGUGUACAUAUACACACAGAAACUUAUAGAGACCCACACUGGCACACAGAUACACAUACUGACAGUUACAGGCACACAUUAGUUCCAAUAAAUAAUGUGGUGUGGUACUCUAGGCAAUAACUGGUCUUGGAUCACCAGUACCAUGGCAGGAGCUCGGUGACAGAGGCAUCUGCGGUCCCCCACAGUAGAAUCAAAUUACAAUCCACAGGCUUCACAACGUAGGUGCUCAAUAGUCAAAUUUAUUAGUGCUCACAGGAUACAAUAAAAUAAAUGUGACUUUUUGGACUAACCAGCAUUUUUCAUGCAAACUUAACAUAGAGUAUAAAUGCCUUGCAAAUGGCUUUAUAAUUAUAAAAGUCUGUGUCUAAUUCACAGGUAACUACUCCCAUUUCUAUGGUAACAAAUAUACAGCAUAUAGGUGCGGCUGAUUCCAAUUAUACAUUGAGUAUGGAGCUGUAAUAUUCAAAAGAAGUCACAAAAAGAAAUUGUACAUUUAAAACUGCAUGAAUAGUUAUUGAAAAGU